CUCUGCACUCGAGAGCGCGUUGCCACGGAGGCAACAUCGUGUGCUCUCCAGAGUGGCUCCACUCUCACUGGGCAGCACUUCAAGAAGAACCCGCGAAUUCCUUUCGUCAUUGUCAUCAAAGUGAAGUAGAACCGUGCCGCGGCUGGUAAACAAUCCGAUUAAAGCUCCGCCAGUAGAAGCAAGUGUAUCGAGGAGACAAAUGUCAGGAAAACCGUUGCACUUUGAGCCAAAGAAUUAGUGAACUCGAUGCUCGGCGAUUGCUUUAAUUAAAUUGACAUCCUGUGGGACCAGGCCGAAAACUGCUUGGUGAGAUCCGUUUGAAAGGAGUAUGACGACCGAAUCGAUACCUCGUGAGCUGGACGCUCACAUAGUGACGCUCUUGACGAAAUUGUCAGCUUUAAGAGAAGAGACCGGAGAAGCCUCGGACAGGAAGGGACCCAUGUCCAUCGAGGCAAAGAGUCUCGAGCUCUGGAGAGCCGUGGCCGUGGAAUGUUUUGCCACGUUUAUAUUCAGCCUGGUGGUUUCCGGCGCAGCGGCUACCUCGGCGGUUUCCGGAAGUGGCCUCUCGGUCCUGGCCACUGCCAUCGCCUCCGGAUUUGCCAUAGCAGCCAUCUGCCUGAUCUUCGGACACGUUAGCGGUGGCCACGUGAACCCUGCGGUCUCGGUGUCCUUUGCUCUGGCGAGAAGAAUCUCCCCUUUGAGAGCCACCCUCUACAUAGCGGCGCAAUGCGGUGGAGGUAUCGCCGGUGCAGCCAUGCUCUAUGGAGUGACGUCUCCACCCAGCACGCAGACGGUUAUUCCUCCUGGACGUCUCGGAGGAGCUAUAGAGAGGCUCCUGGUGGAGCUGGCCCUGUCGAUCCUGAUAGUCCUGGCGCACUUUGUUUCCGAAUCGUCAAGGUCUUCCUUGCCGUCCUCGAUAUCCGGAAAACCUGCGGGAGUCCUGGCAGCAGCCUACACGGCAGCCACUCUGGUGUCGAGCCCGUUCCUGAAUCCGGCCCGUGCGUUGGGCCCGGCGUUCGUGAUGAAUCGCUGGGACAACCACUGGGUAUACUGGGUAGGACCCAUCUCUGGUGGAGCCAUCGCAGCCCUUCUGCACGAGUACGUCCUCAAUCCUAGAAGAACACGGGACUCACGGGAUGUCGACGACGGUGACAACUCCUCCAUGAGAUCCGACGAGGAUCCUUACGACGAUUUGGAUAAACCUGUCGGACCAAAAUUUCCAGGAGGCUACGCAACGUACAGACCCGUGGCAGGAGCCUCCAGUUCGGUUUACAGUGCGCCACCCACGGCCCUGGACCGCGUAGAAUCCAUCUAUGGCGGUACCAAGUCUCUCUAUUGUAAGUCUCCGCCAUUGACCAGGGCGAAUUUGAAUAGGUCGCAGAGUGUCUACGCAAAGUCUACGUCCGGUCCCAGGGAUGGUCUGGUUAUACCGAAACCUGGUCCUCUGGUUCCCGCGCAGAGUCUCUAUCCCAUGAGAAUCGGACAGAGUUCUCAGACCGGAAGGGACACUCUAACCUCGCAAAAUUCACCGAGUUCUCAGAGUCAGACGCAAAAUCACAAUAGCACUAAUCAGAAUAUGCAAAAUCAGUUGCAACAAUGUACGCAAAGUAUUUACGGUAUACGUGGUAUCUCAACGAGCGUGAGUGCUCGUGAGAAUGGAAUUUACGGGGUUUCUACGGGGUCGAGUAUUUAUGGGAGAGCUCCGGCCCCGCCGCCGGGAACUCAGAAUCAGCAGCAGGUACAGACUGUGCAGAACGCUGCUCAGGCUUCGGGGGCUGGACACUUGCAGAAUGGACCCCUCGCUACCAGUUCCGAAAAUGGGACUAAUUCCAGAAGACCAGAAAGUAUGUACGGUCACGUCUCGAGACGUAGCGACGAUUCUGCUUACGGCAGUUAUCAGGGCUCUACCAGGGGCAAUUACGGUAAAGUUCCUGGGCCACCGGGCACAGCAGGACCCCCGGGACCACCUCAGUAUCGCGAGCAAACGAGGACCACUGCACCAGGACCCAUUCAGCAGAAUCAGAACCAACAGAGCAAUUUCCAGAGGAAUUCUCCAAAUCCACAGUACUGAUCAAAUAAUGGCCUUACUGCGCCAUAAAGACUCAGUUCUCUCAUCCGAGAAACGAUCACUGAUGAAUCAGAAUCUUCCCUGUCGUUGUAAUCUUAGAAACUUUUAUAUGAUUACGCACUUUAGAUAGUAAAGUAUACUUAAGGAUCUGUAAAUAUUAUUUGUAUUUAUUAUUUGAUACAUAUACGUAAGUGUAGCGAAACGAAUGAUUCGCGUAGGAUUCUAUCCUAGACUCGACAAUAAAUAGUUUUAAUGAAAACGAUAACAUGGAGAAAAGAUCAGACAGAAAAACGAGUCGUCGCUGAAUGUUCCCAUACUUGUAAUUCCCCUGUAUAAUACUUCACAGAAUAAUCUCCAUCAAUUUUUGGUAUUAAUAAAGUCCCUUGCAAAUGA